AUGACUGUCUCGAUUCCCCGUUACCUGCUUGCCGCAAAGCGCCCCCCUCGCAGGCCUGUGCGACGCGCCUUCGCGAAGCCGAAGCGGACUCUGACCCCACUCGAACGGGGUAGGCUCCUUGAGCAGCGCGCUACCGCCAAGCAGGAGUACGAAGACGCGCUUGAGGCUUCUCGAGCGGUCAUCAUGCAGGAGGCCGUCAAGCUACAGGGCCGCUUUGGUAAGCAUAGCAUCGAACAUUACUACGAGGCCAUCAUGCAGUCGUCGCGGAUCAAGGGCACGAAAAGGCGCCUCAACCGGUGGAACGCCCACCUCUCUAAGGAGUUACGGACUUUCAACGACUCUAUUCCCGUUGACGGCGAGCACAAGACCGCCUCCCAGUACGCGAAGGAGCUCAAGGACGACUGGAACAACAUGUCGGAGGAGGAGCGCAUCGAGCUCACCAAGCAGGAUUGCGAGGAGCUGGAAGAGAUCCGCGCCAACAAGACUGUUGCCAAGCACAAUGUCAGGUUCGCCGCCUGGCACGACGCGACUGCCACGCUUAAGGAGGCGGCAUCCACGCUUGAUGACUUAGCCGCUCGCGCUGGCAUCAAGAUACUCCUCAUCGGUGUUCGGAGCGACAACACCCACAUCAUGCGACCCUUCAUUCACACCACCGACGACGACGUCGAGACGCACUUCCAUAUCAUCACGAAGAACACUGUUGAGAGGUUUGCCAUGCGGCUAGAGGCAUGUAGCGUCUCUGGUUUGACGGGCCUUAUCUCAAACUACAAGGACUCUUUCCUCGCGGUGAAGCGAGAAAUCGUCGGCUUAGUGAACAAGAAAUUAUGUGACGCUGCCGGUGUUCCCUUCAAGAAGACUCCAUACUCCAACUUCGACGUUGCCGUCACGGAGAAGUACGGCAUCAUCGUGGACAACUGGCCCCUCCCUGUCUUCCAAAGCCCCUCCCUCAUUGGCUCCAUGACUGAGCUCCGUGUUCUCCUCACGGCGUUGAAGACGAGUACAACGAAAUUCCGGAAGCUUUCUCAGGAGGAGUGGAGGGCUUGGGAGAAUGCCCGGUUCAAUCGGGCGAUGGAGCAAAUGGGCCCCACUGACUCGGCUCAGGAACCUGAGCCAGCCAUCGCCCAGAGUCCUUCCUGCGCCAACUCUGCCUUCUCGCCCAUUCUCGCGACAUCUCCAGUAUCGACGCCGUCAACUUUCCCUGCUGCAGGUAACAACUUUGCUGUACCUACUCUUCUCCCUGAUGGUUCUACUCCCAUGUCGGCCCCAAUGUAUCUGCCCCAGCAGGCUGCAUACCCGAUCCCUAGCAACCCAGCUCCUGCGGUAACAUUUGAGUUUGUUAAUAGUAUUGCCGGUCCAAUGGGCCAUCAAUUUGCCAGUCCGGAAGAUGGCCGCCGCCGCCGUGGCAGAAAGAAAGUAACCGCAUGA